AUGUAUGUACCUAUGCACGGUACUUUGCAGACCUUAAAUGUUGCAGCAUUAUCAGCUCCUUUCACAAAAGGCAUGAAGAACAGGAGAAACACCACAGAAUGGGGAAAAGACACAGAUCCAUUGCAAGUAUGUCCAUCAGCAGGUUCCCAAUCAGUGUCCAAUGCAGGUGUGUGGGGAGAUUACCUUUGUGAUGCUCCCUGGAUGCUCAUCAACUCUUCCCUUUAUGCCAUGAAGGCCAUCUUGCCUAAGCCGGACUUCAUUCUCUUGACUGGUGACUACACACCUCAUGUCCUUAACAAGGGCGGGACAGAAGAAGCAGUAUUGAACAUAGUGAAACGCUUGACGGACCUCCUUCUAUUAGUAUUCCCAGAAACUAAAGUCUACGCUACUUUGGGAAAUCAUGAUUUCUACCCCAAAAACCAACUUCCAGCAGAAAGCAACAAUAUUUAUAAUUACAUAGCAGAUUUGUGGAGGCCAUGGCUCUAUAACACAUCGAUUUCUCAAUUCAAAGAAGGUGCCUUCUAUGCUGAGAGCUUGCCUGGUCCAAACUCAACUGGGCAAGUUGUGGUGCUUAACACCAAUCUGUACUAUGAAAACAAUGUAGUUGCAGGCAAUGUGGAUGAUCCAGGGAAACAGUUUCAGUGGCUGGAUACUGUGCUGAGCAAAGCAUUCCAAGAUGGAGAAAAGGUGUAUAUCAUUGGGCACAUGCCUCCUGGCUUCUUUGAGAAGACCCAAAAUAAAGCCUGGUUCCGGCCCAACUUCAAUAAACGCUACAUGGAAAUCAUCAAGAAACACCAUCAUGUGAUUGCGGGGCAGUUUUUUGGUCAUCACCACACUGACAGCUUCCGGAUGUUUUAUGAUGACACAGAUAAACCUGUCAGUGUCAUGUUUCUGACUCCUGGAGUGACGCCCUGGAAAACAACCCUUCCUGGAGUAGAAAAUGGAGCCAAUAAUCCUGGGAUCCGAGUCUGGGACUAUGAUCGAGACACUCUACAACUUAAGGUAAAAGCAUGA